AUGAUUAAAGACAGUAAAUGGAAUUGGCCUUUAGGGUGGAUAAACAGGGUACUUGAAUUGGGAAAUCUGAGUGUACCUGUGUUACAUAAUGAUGUUGCAGAUAAAGUAAUAUGGAAAAAUAACAAUGGGAAUGAGGUUGAUUUUUCAGUUGGCAGAGUCUGGAAAGACACUAGGGAAUGUGGUUCUAAAGUUCGUUGGAGUAAGGUUGUGUGGUUUAGUCAAUGCGUUCCUAGUCAUGCCUUCAUUCUUUGGCUGGCUAUGAGGGACAGAAUGCAGACACAAGAUAGAAUGGCGAAAUGGUGUCCUGCAACUGAUUUUUCAUGCAUGUCGUGUGAUAAACAAAGUGAUUCAAUGGAUCACUUGUUCUUUAGAUGUGAAUAUUCAAAUUACAUUUGGGAGGAAAUGAAGGAGUAUAUAGAGGAUAAAACAAUACCUAAUAGCUGGAAGGAUGUUAAAGAUUGGAUAAUUAGAAAAAAGUCUAAUAAUUCUGCGGCAAGUGUAAUUCAAAGGCUGAUAGUUGCUGCUUGUGUGUACAUGAUAUGGAAGGAGAGGAAUACAAGAUUGUUUAGCAAAACUCAAAUGCCCAAAGAAAAAGUGAGAGACAAAAUUAUUGAAGUUGUAAAGAUUAGAUUUAUAAGAUUGAGAUUCAAAGAUGGAGAUGAAUACAACAAAGUUAAGAAGAAAUGGAAUAUUGUGUAG